AACUUCCCCUGUUUUCCUUUCAUCCAAAGUUUUAGUCUUUCUUGUUAAAAAUCCAAGCCUUUAUGUUAAAAGUCCAAUAUUUUUGUUCAAGAUUGAAUAUAUCUUGAUAAAAAUUCACUAUUUGUUUUUUUAAGUUCCAAUCUUUUGUUAAAAACCCAAUAUCUGUGUCAAAGAUUGAAUAUUUCUUGAUUAAAAAUCCAAUCUUUGUGUUAAAGAUUGAAACUUUAUUGUAAAAAUGGAAGUAACACUUGGUUUGAUAGGCCAAGUUGAUGGUGGUGGUGGUGGUGAUGGAGGAGUGUCAUCUGAUGGGUCAACAACAGCAAGGUCAACAAUCUUGAAUGGGUCAAAAGAAAAUGAUAAUAAUAAUAGUAGUAUGGUUAUGAUGAACAUGAUGAUGUCUAAUGAAGUAACUUCAUCUGAAAAUGAGAAUUUAGAUGGUCUUGAAUUGGGACUUGGGUUAAGUAUUGGUGGUGGUGGUGGUUUGAAGUCAAAGAUGGAGGCUGGAGGAAAUGGUUGGAGUCAAUAUGCAAGAAUAUUGACUGCGAAAGAUUUCCAGAAUUGUUUGGUUACAAAACAAAAUUCUUCAUCUUCAUCUUCUUCAGUUAAUAUCCCAAAUUCAGCUUCAAAUACUUCUGGUACUAAAAGAAUUGCCACUGAUUCUGUUUCUCCUCCUACUGGUACUAGUGUUGUGGGAUGGCCUCCUGUAAGUAAAGCUCACAGGAUGCCUAGCUUGGCUAACCAGAUCAAGUCACCAACUGAAAACCUUAUCUCAACAACUGGACAAAACAAAAGCAAGAAUGGAACUGUUGGAACCAAGGAUUAUUCUAAUGAAAAAAAGUUGAUUUCCAACACGAAGUAUCGGUCAGUAAAAGUCAACAUUGAUGGAAGUUUGAUCGGAAGGAAGGUUGACCUCAAUGCUCACACCUCUUAUGAGAUGUUGGCUCAAACCUUAGAGGAAAUGUUCUUGGGAAGAAGGUCAAGCACAGAAGCAGCAAGACCUUCAAGAUUGUUGGAUGGAACGUGUGAAUUUGUCCUCACUUAUGAAGAUAAAGAUGGAGAUUGUAUGCUUGUUGGAGAUGUUCCUUGGCAGAUGUUUAUUAGCACCGUCAAGAGGCUUAGGAUCAUGAAAAACUCCGAGUCUAAUGAGAUUAGCACCGAGUUUUCAAGAACACAAAACCAGACACAGAUUUGACCGAUGCCUUCUAGUGAUAUACAUAUAAACUUCGUUUUUUUGGUUGGAUGAACUCGAGUCAAGUUCUUCUUGGUUAAGGGGCAAAAAGAGAGUAACAGUUUGAUCAAUGCGUUUGGGUUUGUGGGUGGUUUAAAUCUUACAUUUUGUGGUGUCUCGGGUGAGAGCCUUUUUUUUCAUCUGGAAGCUUUGUAUAAGCAUCUAUAGUUCUUGAAGCAUAUAAGUAAUUAGUAAGCAUACACAAUGCACACAUCACCAAUAGUAUGAGUUCUAUGAUAUUGUAAUUAUGGAAUUUACUAUGAAUGAAGUAGGGUUUUGAUUA